CGUGACAGUACUUCCUGGUUAUAUUGUUGUCAACAGACUGGUGUAAAACUUGCACAAACGACUUGCAGUAACUGUUUCAAAAUAUUUUGGUAAACAAACUGAGUCUUAAAUAAAAAAUGGCGACAUCCGUACCAAUAUGCGAUAUUUGUAUGACAGAUGAUACGAGAAAACCUGCCUCUGUUUGGUGUGCAGAAUGUGAAGAAGCCAUUUGUAAAGAUUGUGAACAACAACAUAGCCGAAUGAAAUUAACAAAGAACCAUCAACCAAUACCUAUAAUAGAUUACCAAAAACUUCCUAGUUCUGUUGCUGAAAUCACACAGACGUGUAAAGUUCACAAUAGGAAAUUAGACUUUUACUGCUUAAUUCACAACGAGCCAUGCUGUGUGUCCUGUGUGUCUCAGAAACAUGACACCUGUAAAUCAUUGGAGCCAAUAACAGAAGUCAUGGAAGGUGUGAAAUCAUCUGCUGCAUUUGAAGAUUUAGAGGAUAGGGCGAAGGACAUAAGUGAACUAAUCUGCAAUCUGAUAAAGGAUAAACAAGAUAAUAAAACAAGUAUUGAGAUUCAGAAAAAUAGAAUUAUAUCUGAAGUGCAAAAUGUAAAAAAGGCAAUCCUUCAUCACUUAGACAAACUCCAAAUGGAACUUUUGGAUAAAUUGGACAAUGAAGAGAAAGAACAACGCAAAAGUAUUGAUGGUUUUAUUAAAAAAAUAUCAGAAAUGCGGGAAAAUGUCAAUCAAACAGUAAGCGAUUUGAAACAGAUCAAACAACACGCAUCCGAUUUCCAAGCUUUCCUGGGUAUACAUGAGUGGAAUAAAAAAAUUGAAAAAGAAGAAAAGGCUUGGAUGUUUUUACAAAGCAACCAAUUACGAGAAAGUGUUGACAUUCACAUAGAAUUUUCACCAAUACUUAUGCAGUUCGAAAAGGAAGUAAAAGAAUUAGGGAGGUUAGAAGUGAAGUUUUCUUCCGCAAAGAAAAUUCUUCUCAAGAAGGAAAAACAGGGACAGAUGUUUGUUCCAGUUUCAAACACUGUAGAUAACAUUAAAUUGACAAAUAUCCACUCUUUCAAAUCACCCGAUGCAACAUCCAGCAAAACUCAUAUAACAGGAAUCGAUAUGUUCGACGACGGGAGAAUUGUGCUGGCUGAUGGCAAACCGUUAAAAAAAAUACUUGUGAUCAUGAAUCAAGAAGGCGAGCAUAUUAAAAACAUACAACUUGAAGACCAAUGUUUAGAUGUGGCAGUAAUAGAUAAAGACACAGUUGCUACAACAUUAUUUGUCAAGAAGAAAGUUAUUAUAGUUGACGUAAACUCAUCAAAAGUACAAAGGACUAUACCUACGAAAGACGAAUGCUACGGUAUUAUUAGUACAGGUGAACAAUUGGUCGUCAGUCUCUACAACAAUACCAUUCAGUUCUUUGAUCUUUAUGGUAAUUCCUUGUCAACUUUGUCAACAACCGAUAUCUCCGUUCAUUGUUCAGUUUUGAAUGACAAACUUUUUUAUACCACACAUAAUAGUGAUGCUGUCUUCUCGACUAAUUUUAAAGGUGAAGUUUGUUGGCAAUUUGACUGUAAGAAAUCAGCUUGGCCGACUGGUAUAGCUAACGAUGGGUCUGGAAAUAUAUUCGUAGCUUGCAGGGAUGUUCAUCAAGUUAUGGUAUUAAGAAAGGAUGAGAAGAAAUCUAGAAUUCUCUUGACGAAAAAAGACGGAUUGGAAAAACCCGGAGCCUUACAUUUCAAUCGUAAAACUAACACCCUUUUUGUGUGUAAUGAAUCCGGACAAUGCUUUCUAUACAAAGUUACAAACUGAAUUAGUUUAGUUCAUAUCGCGGAAAAAAAUACGUUUGUAGAAAAUUGUCAGUGAACAAUUGCUGUCCUUAUGACAUACUGUUAUAUUGGAAGUAUUUUCCUAAUCACUAAGUAGAAUUACUUGGUAAAUAGUAAGUCAUUGAACCAGAUUAGAUGUCCUUGAUUUGAAAUAUAUAUAAGCCUGUGUUAUACUCUUGUUGAAAUUUUUGUUAUCUUAUAUUUUUUUCAUAUAUUUUCAAUGAAAAAUUUAAAUAUUUAGUUAUCUUAUUCCUAAAGAAAAGUACCAACAAGAGAAAGUGGACACAUUGUUUUUCAUUAGUUAAACAUACUUGACGCAAAACUUAUGGUUAUUUGGUUCUCGAAGAUAACAAAAUUUGUAUGUGUUUCUUUUUGUAGUUUGCAGUUUCACGGAAUCAAUUCUGAAAAUAUUAAUAAAGUAUUCCUGGUAAUUUU